AUGCAAUUUAUAUUUGAUUCAGUGAAGAUUCAUAAUGUGAAUGUUAGCCCUAAGAAUGGAGCAGACAAGUUUACUAUGAAAGAUUUGCUUGUUUGGGUUCGUACGAAUUUGAUCAAGGAGAGGCCUGAAAUGUUCAUGAAAGGCGAUUCUGUAAGACCUGGUGUUUUAGUUCUUGUGAAUGAUUGUGACUGGGAACACAGCGGUCAGCUUGAUACGAAUUUGGAAGAGAAGGAUUUGGUGGUUUUUAUUUCUACCUUGCAUGGUGGUUAG